AUGGAGCAGUUCGUCAACUUUGUCAUCCGGCCUCCCAGGGCGGAGUAUGAUCCAAAAACUGAUUUACUAGACCAAGAGUUGAUUUCCCAUCCAAUCUCAACUGACAUAAUAAGUGUUUACUUGCUGUCCUCAUUGAAUUUCGUCACAAACAUUCGUGGUGAAGUCCUGAAAUGCAGUCAUUAUGUAUCUGUGGUUCAUGGUCGAGGAAAGCCUUUGCCAUGCGUAAUUUUCUGCCAUGGGAACAGUGGGUGCCGAGUUGAUGCGGGUGAAGCAGCCAUAGUUUUGCUUCCUUCAAACAUUACUGUUUUCACCCUCGAUUUUUCCGGAUCAGGACUUUCUGGGGGAGAACAUGUGACUUUGGGGUGGAAUGAAAAGGAUGACCUGAGUGUUGUGGUCGACUAUCUUUGGGCUGAUGGAAAUGUCUCUUUGAUCGGCUUGUGGGGUCAUUCAAUGGGUGCUGUUACUAGCCUAAUGUAUGGAGCUGAGGAUCCAUCAAUUGCUGGAAUGGUUCUUGACAGUCCCUUCUCUGUUUUAGUUGACUUGAUGAUGGAGUUAGUGGAUACCUAUAAGUAUCCCUUGCCCAAGUUCAGUGUAAAUAUUGCAAUCCAAUACAACCGGAGGGCAGUCCAGAAAAGAACAAAUUUCAAUAUCAUGGAACUUAACCCCAUUAAGGAUGCAAAGACAUGCUUCAUUCCAGUUCUGAUUGGGCACGCCAAUGAUGAUGACUUUAUACGUCCUCAUCACUCAGAUAGAAUCUUUGAAGCCUAUGUGGGUGACAAGAAAACUAUUAAGCUUGGGGGAGAUCACAACCAGCCACGUCCACAGUUCUACUUCGAUUCUAUAAGCGUUUUUUUCCGCAUAGUUCUGCAACAUCCAGAAGAUGAACUGGCUGGGGCAUUCUUUCGUAAUGCACUCGAUUUCCUUGGUAAGGUGAGAAGAGUUUUGAUACAUCUGGUUUUCUGCUUUCGAUUAUGCUGCUAG